CAAUCCUUGUCCUUGUAUAUUCUUCUGCUCCUUCUCAUCCUUUCUUCCCGCGGAGACGUACGUGGGACGGUCAUGAGCUCCAGAUAAGUUCCUCAAUCCUAUCCACAUUUUUCUAACAAGCUAUAUAUAUCCACUCCUUUAUUAUUCCUUUAUCUCUCCAACGCCAUUUAUUAGUAAUAGUAUAUCCCAAUUGGUUGGAUUUUUGUGUCGAGGAUCCAUUUACGCCUCUCAACGAAAAAUCACAUACUCCCGGAGGUUUCCGUUCCCAUCUCCGGUGUAGAGCUCUGUGGGCGGUAGUCGCUUGCUUCAUUUGGGCAGGUUCCCGUCGACUUCGGAGCUAACGAGGUAUAGUGUGACCAUCCAUGGGGAAGAAAGGUGUGGUGGUGGCGACCACCGUCCUCGCCGUGAUGACUGUCAUCUUCGGAGUCAUCAGUGCGGUUUUCAUGGGGCUGAGACGCUAUCAGGAUGACCGCAGCGUCUGUAGGUACGGACGAUCGCCGGCGACGGCCUUCGGCAUCCUGGCGGCAGUGCUGGCGCUAACGACGCAGAUUCUCGCCAGCGUGGCCAUCGGCUGCUGUGGGGCAUGGCAGAACCCCAAGAGGGCCAAUCGCAUCGCCGCCGGCGUUUUCUACGUCAUCUCAUGGAUCCUAGCGGUCAUAGCGGUGCUAGCGUUUCUGGGAGGCGCCCUAUUAGGGAUUGAAGGAUCUAUGUACAAAAGUAUUGGAAACACUAGUUGUGUGGGAGGUGUAGGAGUUUUCGUGGACACGACAUUCCUGUUUCUUAUAGUUGUCGCCCUUGAGGUCUCGUCGUAUCUUCUUGUUCAGAAAAAUGAUCACCACCAAGCAGACAGGCCCAGGGGCAAUAAUCCUCCUCUGGUACCAACCGCUACAUCUCCUUCGGCACCACCGGUCACAUCUAAAGACGACGCCUACGCUUCUGCUCAUGUGCCAGCAGAUCAAGUAUGAAUUGUUAACAUGGUUGCCUUUGCCUUCCAAAAGGAGGAACAUGCUUUUCUGGACCGUUGUAACUGGAAGGCACUUGUUGCGGCCUUCCGUUCCAAAAUACUUGGUGGUUUCAAUUGAAAUUUGUUUAUCAUUCUUAAAAUACAAUAUUAAAUUUUUAGUUCUAAUA